AUGGAGAUAAAUAAAGAGAUACAUUAUGAAAAUAACAUACUACAAAAAAAUGAGAAUUUUUUUAAUUAUUAUAUUAAUCAGAAAAUAAUAAAAGAAGAAGAAAUAGAUUCUUUUAUGCUUACAAUAAAUAAAGAAUUACCGAUAACCUUUAGAGUUUUAAACAAUAACAAGUAUAGCAAAUUUAUACAUGAAAAUAUUGAAAAGAAGUUAGAAUCAAUAUGUAAAAACCAAUAUUCUAUUAUAAAAUUAAAUGAAAAAGACAAAAUGUAUGAGAUAUAUUUAACUAGGUCAGAAAUAAAAAAACAAGAAAAUUACAGAAAUUUAUAUAAUUAUUUAAUCAAUUUAAAUGAAAGUGGUUAUAUAUUUAGACAAGAAUUAGUUAGUAUGUUACCUGUUUUAUUUUUAAAAUUAAAAGAGAAUUUUUUUGUUUUAGAUAUAUGUGCAGCUCCAGGUUCAAAAACAGCACAAAUACUAGAUUAUAUGCAUUUAAUAAAAAGAAGAAGUAUCAAAAAUAGUUUGAUUAAAAAAUUUCUUCAAAAAAAUUGCAUAAAAAUGUAUAAAUUAAUUGAGAAUAUUGAUAAUGAAGAUACAGAAGAAGAAUGCACUCAUGAAUAUUUUAAGAGUGAAAAUGAUAAUCAAAAUAACAAUAAUAAAAACCUAAAGAAUAAUUAUAUUCAAAAUGGAUUUAUGAUAAAUGAUAAUAACAAUGAUAUCCUAAUGAAUGAAUAUGAUGAGGAAAAUAAAGAAUAUAAUAAGAAAAGCUUAGAAAAAUUAUAUAAAAGUUAUUAUAGUAUAUUAGAUAAUAAUUUAUAUGAUGAUAAAUUUUUCGAGUAUAUUCUAAAUAUAGAUAAUAAUUUAUAUAAUGAUUACAAACAAUUAAUUUCUAAUAAUAACCCUAAUGGAGUUGUUGUAGGAAAUGAUUCUAACUUUAAAAGAUGUUGUAUGUUAUUUCAUCGAUUAAAGAAUAUUCAUAGUGGUAGUUUAAUAGUAACAAAUAAUAAUGCAAUACAUUUUCCGUAUAUAUAUAUAAAAAAUGAAAAAGAAUGUACUUUUGAAAAAAAAUAUUUCGAUUCUGUUUUAUGUGAUGUUCCCUGUAGUGGUGAUGGUACUAUAAGAAAAGAUAAAAAUGUUUGGUUAAAUUGGAAUGCAUAUAAUGCUUAUAAUUUAUUUCAAUUACAAGUUAAUAUUUUAAAAAGAUCAAUUGAUUUAACAAAAGAGAAUGGAUAUAUAGUUUAUAGCACUUGUUCUUUAAAUCCGAUUGAAAAUGAAGCAGUUAUUUGUGAAAUUUUUAAUUCAAUAGAAAAUUUAGGUUCAUUAAAAUUAAUUAAUUUUGAAAAUGAACUAUUAACAAAAUUAAAUUAUAAAAAAGGAUUAACAGAAUGGAAAAUUUUGAUGGAUGACAAAUGGUUUGAAACCUACGAAGAAUUUUGUGAUUAUUUAACUAGUAAUAAUUCAAUGAAACAUAAAAAAAUUUAUGAUAAAAUACAAAAAGGAAUGUUUCCAUUGAGUAAAGAGUUUUCUGAAUUAAUUAAUUUAAGAUAUGCGAAACGAUUUUUUCCUCAUAAUUAUGAUGCUGGUGGAUUUUUUAUUGCAGUAAUUAAAAAGUGUGGUAAAGUUCAAUGGAAAAAUAAAAUGAAAAAUGAAAAUAUUAACGAAAAUAAUAUUAGAAAAUUCGAAAAUGGAGAAUUUACCAAAAAUAGAAAAAAAGGAAAAUAUAAUAAGAAAAAAAAAAACAAAAAAAAAAAGAUUAUAACAUAUGAAAACAACAAAAAACAGAUAAAAAAAAAUGAUACCAAUGAUAAAGAAAGUAAUGAUAAUAUUUUUGAAACAUAUAAGAAUUCAAUUGAAAGUAGCAUGCAUGAUAAUAAAUUAAUUGUUAGAAAUAAUGAAAUAAUAAAUGCAAUUAAUAAAAAGAGUGAAGAAGAAUUAAACAAUUAUAUAAAAGGUGAAAUAAAUACCACUGAGUAUGCAUUCGAAGAUGAAAAGUUGAAUAAUAGUGAACUGUUAAAUAAUAAAUUAAAUUCUAAUGUCAAUUUGAAUUCUAAAAGUAAAGAACAUAAAGUAAAACAAAAAAAUGAAAAUCUAAUUAAACAACAAGAAUAUGUAAGUUGGGAUUAUUAUGAAAAGUUUUGUAAAGAUAAUAUAUUAGAAAAAAUAAAAAGUUAUUUUAAUUUAAAUGAUGAUUUUUUAUCUAUUAAAAAUAAUUUGUAUAUUCAUUUAAUGGAUGAUAAGAAUUUCAACAAAUUAUCAGUUAAUGAAAGAAUUAAUAUGAAUAUUAAAAAAAUUAAUUUAGUCAGUAAUCACGCUAAAGACAUUUUGGAAUGUUAUACAAAAAUUAAAUUAAAAGUAAUCACUGCAGGAAUAACAGUUAUACAAAUUGAUAAAAAUAAAAAUAAUUCACAAGAAAAUUAUUACAGAAUUAAUUAUAGUGGUUGCCUCAACUUUAUUCCCUACUUUAAAGAAGUAGAUAAUUUUUUAUUAAAUAAAACAUAUAGAGAUAACAUUAUUAAAAUUUAUUUUAAUCCUAUAUAUGAAAAUAAAGACAGGGAAUUUAAUUUUGAUACUUAUAUGGAGAAUUUGAUUGAUGAGAGAAGAAAUACAGUAUCAAAAAUUAAUUCAAAUAAAAAAAUUAAAGAAAAGGAAGAACAAAAAAAUAUGUAUGAUCGAGAUGAAAUAAAAGAUAAGGAAAUAGAUAACGAUAUUAAAAAUAAUAAAAAAUCUGAAGAAUUGGAAAUUGUGAAUAACUUUGGAAAAAAUGAUAAUAUGGUCCUAAAUAACAAUAUACAAGAAAAAAAUAAUGAAAUAGAUAAAUGUGUCAAUAAAAAUUCAAUAAUAAAUAAAAAAAUAUAUGAAAAAAAUAUUUCAAAAGAUAAGAAUGAUGAAGAUGAUGAACUUUGUAUUGAUAAUAAAAUAAAAAAUUAUAUAAAUAUUACAUGGGUGAAUAGCGAUGUAAUAUUAGAUUUAAUAAAAGUUGAUAAAUCAAAGUUAAAUAGCAUAACUGAUGAAACAAUAAAACAAACAGAAAAAUUAAAACAGUAUUCACCUAAUGUUUUAUUAACGUUAAAUAGAAAUAAACAAAUUUUUGCUAUUCCAUCAAAUAAAGGAAGAAUAUACGUAGAUAUAAGUAUUGAGAAAAAUUCUAUUAUUAUGUUGCCAUAUAUAUUAAAUUAA